CGUUUUGCUGACCGCUGUGGAACAAAGAAAGAAGAGCUUACUGACAGACAGGUUGUUUUAGCAGAGUCAGAAAAGACUAAACCAAAGCUAUCAGAAAAGAGCGGACCGCCGGCGGGCUCCAGGAGCUGAUGCUAACCGCACCGACAGCUCGGUUCCGAAGCUGACCUGAACCUUGACAGUCUGAGCCUGGAGCCUCCUUCGGAACCAUGUUCUGUGUCCGAGUUCGAGCCCAGCAGCUGCUCCACAAAGCAUUCUCUCCGUCUGCAGUACCACGGUGGACUGCUAGCUCCAGAGCUCACUGCAGUUCUUCAGCAGACUCCCAGGAUCCUGGACCCUCCAUGCUGAAACAUCUGACCUCAAAGAUCAAGUCCACAGGUCCAAUUACUGUGGCAGAAUACAUGAAGGAGGUCCUCACCAACCCUGUCACGGGUUACUAUGUGAGAGGCGACAUGUUGGGACCUGAUGGAGAUUUCAUCACAUCACCAGAAAUUAGCCAGAUUUUUGGCGAGCUGAUCGGCGUGUGGAUCAUCAGCGAGUGGAUGGGAGCAGGCCGACCCCAGCAGCUACAGCUGGUGGAGCUGGGACCUGGAAAAGGAUCCCUGGCUGCCGACAUCCUCAGAGCUUUCAGUCAGUUGAAGUCAGUUGUGGACGGGGCUUCAGUGUCACUGCACCUGGUGGAAGUGAGUCCAGCUCUGAGUCUCAUUCAGGCUCAGAAGCUGACCGGACGCCAGGAGUGGCCGAACAGUGACGGUCCAGUCUACCUGCGGGGAGAAACGCCAGCGGGGCUGCCGGUGUCAUGGUACCGGCGCCUGGAGGACGUCCCUUCAGGAUUCAGCAUCUUCGUUGCUCAUGAGUUCUUUGACGCUCUGCCAAUCCACAAGUUCCAGAGGACAGACCGAGGCUGGAGGGAGGUGAUGGUGGACAUCGACCCCCACAAGCCGCAGCAGCUCAGGUUCGUCCUGGCGCCGUCUCGGACCUUAGCCUCAUCCGUGCUCGUGCAGGCGGAUGAACGGCGGGAUCACCUGGAAGUCUGUGCAGAGGCCGGAGUCCUCGUCCAGCAGCUGGCCAGGCGAAUCUCAGAGAACGGAGGAGCAGCUCUGAUCGCAGAUUAUGGCCAUGAUGGAACAAAGACGGACACGUUACGGAGCUUCAAAAACCACCAGCUCCACCACGUUCUGUCCUCUCCCGGCUCAGCAGACCUCACCGCUGACGUUGACUUCAGCUACAUACGGAGGAUGGCCGGAGAAGGGGUGACCUGUCUGGGACCAGUGACCCAAAAGACGUUCCUGAAGAACAUGGGCGUUGAUGUUCGCAUGCAGGUCCUCCUGAGGAACUGCAGCGACCCGUCCACCAGGGAGCAGCUCAUCAGCAGCUACGACAUGCUGACCAGUCCCACCAAGAUGGGGGAGCGCUUCCAUUUCUUCAGCUUACUGCACCCCAGCCGCUUCUCCAAGCCUGUCAUAUCAACAGGGCUGAAUCUGGAGCGGACGAAGAGCCCGGCGUCACUGCCCGUGGCUGGGUUCACUGAGCUCAGCUUCCCCUAAGAGGUUCAGAAGUCACAGGAACUGGUUUCAUAUUUGAAGUUUCUCUGAUGUAGAGAUUUUAUGGACUUUAACAGAUUAGGAGUAAUUUAUGUUUUUUUAUGAACCUUUUCUCAAAAUGUAAGGUUGACUGAAAAAGGAGGAAAUAAAGACUUUUUUUUAAAAGAUGA